AUGGCAAUGAAUGGUAAUAAUGUGGAUUUGGAUCGCGUUUCCCAAAUUAAAGAAGAACUGCCCUCAGUAGCAGAACUAGGUGGACUACGUCUUACUCCUUUAGAAUUUGAAAAGGAUGAUGACACCAAUUUCCACAUGGAUUUCAUAGUUGCUGCUUCAAAUCUACGUGCAGCUAAUUACAAAAUACCACCUGCUGAUAGACAUAAAUCAAAACUUAUUGCUGGUAAGAUUAUUCCCGCCAUAGCAACUACAACCUCAGUAGUCGCUGGAAUGGUUUGCUUGGAACUCUACAAACUCGCCAGAAGUGUUACAUCCUUAGCUCCAUUUAAAAAUAAUUUCAUGAACUUAUAG